AUGACCAGCAGGAGGCGCUGCAGGACGCUGGUGUGGUUCCUGAGUGAUCAGCCACUGGACAGCGCUUCCUUUGUGGACAUACAACUCCGGGAGUGGGGUCACUUGGCUACAGAAAGGGAUCUGGGCUCUGCUACUGUAUUUCUAACAUCUCUUGCUGCAAAACCAAGCAGCAUCCUCACCCUGAAGAACCUGGCCCUUCUGGACAGUGGCCACCAGCCAACAGGCGUAAGGGCACACAUUGGGGUCACCACAGCCAUCCGGAGUAUUACAGGAAAGGAUCAUCAGAGGGAAGGACUCAGCGGUGGAAUAAAUUCCAGAAGAGAACUCACAGACAAAAAACAGGACUUCCAGGUGCGUGUGAGGAUCAUUGAAGGCCGCCAGCUCCAGGGAAACAACAUCAAGCCCGUGGUGAAGGUCUUCAUCGGCAACCACGUGUACAGGACGAGAAUCAAAACGGGGAAUAACCCUUAUUUUAAUGAGAUAUUUUUCCAGAACUUCCAUGAGACGCCUACUCAGCUCUUUGACGAGACCAUAAACAUACAGGUGCUGAACUCAAGGGCUGUGCGAGCGGAUUCCAUCAUUGGAGUAUUCAAGCUAGAGGUUGGCCGUGUGUACGACUCUCCCGGUCAUGCUCUCAACUGGAAAUGGCUCAGUCUUUACCACCCGACUCAUCUGAAUGCUGGCUUGAGAGGCUACUUGAAAGUCAGCCUUUGUGUGCUUGGAGCCGGGGACCAGGCACCGGAGCUGGACAAGCCUGCAGAGAGCGAGGACGUAGAGUCCAGCCUUCUCAAGCCAGCAGCGAUGCCCGUAUGCAUGGCCACCUUUGAGCUCCGCAUAUACAGAGCUGAGGAUAUUCCCCAAAUGGAGGACUCCUGCCUGCACUACUUUAGAUCCAUGUUCCAGAUGCAUGUCGACAAAAGGAUCUGCGUUGACCCUUCUGUGGAAGUUAGUUUUGCAGGGAAAACGUUACCGUCCGUGUGUGAUAAGAUCAAGCUAACGGUUCUGAAUGGGGACCAAGCAGGAAAGAGAGACGUCCUUGGGACCACGUACAUCAACCUGUCCCAGGUGUCCUCCAUGGGGGCUGAGAUAGAAGGGGAUUUCUCCGGGUUCCUGCCAUGCUUUGGACCCAGCUUCCUGACCCUCUAUGGGAGCCCCAGGGAAUUCACCAGCCUCCACGACCCAUAUGAGAAACUCAACUCUGGGAGCGAGGAAGGAGUGGCCUAUCGAGGUCGGAUUCUAGUGGAAUUAAACACCAGCAUGGAUAGGACCCCCCUGCAGGAAAUAGAGGAGAUCCCUGCAGAGGCUGUUGCCAGGGUGGAGCGAUACUUGUCCCGGCGCAAGUACGGCCUGUGUGCCAUCUUCUAUUCAGCCACCAUGCUGCCCGCUAUCAAGGAGCUGAUCCAGUUUGAGGUCAGCAUCGGGAACUAUGGCAACAAGUUUGAUAUGACAUGCAAGCCCUGUGCCUCAACCACCCAGUACAGCCAAGCUGUGUUUGACGGAAACCAUUAUCACUAUCUGCCGUGGUACGACACCAAGCCAAUGGUGGCCAUCACUUCGUUCUGGGAGGACGCUAGCUACUACAUGGACACCCUGAACAUCCUGCACUCCACACGGGAUAGGCUGACAUCAAAUCUGGAUGCUCUGAGAUCCGUCCGAACCGCCGAGGAUCCAUCUUUGGGUGACGUCUGGAAGAAGCUGCUGAAAGAGCUGCUGGAGGACUGCAACAGGCCGCUGCCCAGUUUGGAAGGUCAGGUGACAGCCACAGUCCUGGAUCAGCAGCUGAGGGACCUACGUCGUCGGCUCCUCCACCAAGUAGCCAGGUCUGCAGAGAGGCUGAGCGCUGGGAUGAACCCAAAGACUCUGAUCCUCAAGGUAGAGGACUGGCUGCAGAGGAUCAACUCCGUCACUCCGGAGCCCCAAGCCAGCAUGCCCGAUGUGGUGAUCUGGAUGCUGUGCAAGGAGAAGCGGGUGGCCUAUGCCCGCGUGAAGGCUCACACCAUCAUGUUCUCCAAGGCCGGUCCCUGUGCCUGUGGCAAGCUGUGCGGGAAAACCCACACCCUCUUCCUGAAGAGCCCCCGGCGGGAUGGGAAGGACACCAUCCAUGGCCAGCUGCGCAUGCGAAUGUGGCUGAGUCUGGUGUCCGACAGCCAGGAGUUCAUGAGGCACUGCGAGGGGAAGAUUGGUGUCUAUGCAGAGACGUAUGAGAACCAGGUGAAGAUCUUUGGGAAGUGGGGGCCCAAAGGGCUGAUGCAGCACCCCAGCUUCUCGGACAUAACCGGGAAGAUUGGUGUCCCAAGGGACAAGUUCCAGCUGCCCAAGGGCUGGCACUGGGAUGGCGACUGGGCGGUGGAGCCACAGAGGAGGCUGCUGCUGGAUACUGAGACCAACCACAGUGAGGUGCUGGAGGAGGUGUACGAGAACGAGAGCCGGCAGCCAGGGGAAGAGUGGGCCCCAGCCCCUUCUCCCAACACUGAUGCGGGCGGAGCCGCUGUCUCCCCAAAGGAAGGGAUCGUGUGCCCUAAGGGCUGGCACUUCGAGGAAGGCUGGAGGGUGGAGGUGAACCGAGCUGUGGAUGAGUCUGGCUGGGAGUACGGCAUUGGCAUCCCCCCCACUGGAACCCCCCAAUCCUGGAAUGCUGCAGAGAAGACAUACCACACACACCGGCGUCGGCGCUGGCUGCGGAGACGCUGUCGGGACCUGAACGCUCAGAACCAGGAGCAGGAAAUCGCCUCCUUUCUCCAGCUGCACUCGACAGGGAAGCCGGCGGAAGAGGACACCUGGGAAUAUGCCUCCUGUUUUGGCUGGAAGUUCCACCUGCAGCCCCGGCUGCAUGACACUUACCGGCGGCGCUGCUGGCACAGGAAGCUCGUGCCUGUGCAGCCCGCCAGGGUGGCUCCCAUUUUCCUCUUGGAGGGCUCCCUGGGCAUGGAGUUUGAAGAUCAAGAGAAGGAGGAAGGAGAAGAGAAAGAGAAACAAACGGAGCAAGAGAAAAAGAUCCUGGAGGAGGGAGAGAGAGAGAAGAGGUCCCCAGCCCAGAACAUCCUGCAGCUGAACACUCCUCUGAUCACCUGUGUCUUCCAGCAGCCCAAUUACUACCAGCUACACUGCUACAUCUACCAAGCCAGGGAUCUGACACCAAGCGAUGGCAGGAGCUCCUCCGAUCCCUAUGCCCACGUGUCCUUCCUGCACAGGAGUCAGCGCACGCAGACCUUGACUGCCACCCUGAGCCCCAGCUGGGACCAGACCCUCAUCUUCGACCAUAUACUGAUUUACGGAGACCCCCAGGCCACCCGGCAGGACCCGCCACUGGUGGUUUUGGAGCUGUUUGGCCGGGACAUCAUUGACAAGGAUGACUUCCUGGGGAGGAGCAUGUGUUCCCCACUGGUAUGUCUGGAUCUCGGAUCCCGACACCUCCCCCGCCUCCAGUGGUAUCCAAUCACAAAGCAGCAGAAGGAAGCGGGCAAGCUCUUAGCUGCCUUUGAGCUCCUAUUGGAUCCCAAGGAUGGUGCCCCAGGCUGCCUUCCCGCCCCCUCCUGGAAGAACGGGAUCUACGUCAUCCCUAGCGGCAUCCGGCCCACGCUGAGACUGAUGGCCAUUGAGAUCCUGGCCUGGGGCCUGCGAGGCCUGCAGAGCUACAACCUGCUGAGCGUCAUGUCGCCGAGCCUGGUGGUGGAGUGUGGAGGAGAGGCCAUCCAGACAGCUCCCAUCAGAGACCUCCUUGAGAACCCCAACUUCCCAAUCAAUGUCUUCCUCAUGAGAGUGCACCUGCCCAUGGAAGAAGAUUUAAUGCCCCCCAUCGAGCUGAAGGUCGUGGACAACCGGGAGUUUGGGUAUAAGCCAGUGGUGGGCCAGGCCAGCGUGAGAUCCCUGCGCCAGUACAUGUGCGAGCCGUCUGCAGAGGGGCACCAUCCCAGCCUGCCACCCCCAGUGGCUCCGAAGGGGAAGUUCGCGAAGAUGCUGAGCAGGAUGGCUGCAGAGUCGUGGCUUCGAACAACACCAAGAGCAGAGAAGGAGGAGGAGGAGUGUGUCGACUGGUGGAGCAAGUUCUAUGCUGCCACGGGGGAUCUGGCAAAGAGCAGAGACUACCUGCAGACAGGGCUGGACAGCCUGAAGGUCUAUAACUGUGAGCUGGAGGCUGUGCCGGAGUUCCAGGGCCUGCAGGAUUUCUGCCAGACCUUCAGGCUGUACCGCGGGUUGGUGCAGGAGAAGGCCAGCGAAGACCCCCUGGUGGUUGGGGAAUUCAAGGGACUCUUCCAGAUCUACCCACUGCCAGAGGACCCCAGCUCCCCACCACCGCCGCGCCAGUUCCAGGAGCUGCCCGAAAGCCAACCCCAGAAGUGUCUGGUCCGGGUUUACAUCGUCCGAGCCUUUAACCUCCCGCCAAAGGAUAGGAAUGGCCUGUGCGACCCCUAUGUGCAGGUCACCCUGGGCAAGAAGAAACUGGGGGACAGAGACCAGUAUCUGCCCAACACCCUGGAACCUGUCUUCGGCAGGGUGUUCGAGCUCCCAUGCACCCUCCCGCUGGAGAAGGACUUGCAGAUCUCGCUCUUUGACUACGACCUCAUCCUCCCUGACCAGAAGAUAGGGGCCACCAGCAUCGACCUGGAGAACCGGCUCCUGUCCCGCUUCCGGGCCAGCUGUGGGCUGCCCCAGUCCUACUGCAUUUCUGGCCCCUGUCAGUGGCGAGAUCAGCUCCUCCCCACCCAGUUACUGGAGAACUUUGCCAGGAUGAGGAGUCUUGCGCUGCCCGAGUUCAGUGCAGACGGAGGCAAAGCCACCUUCAUGGGCAGGGCCUUCCUGCUGGAGCAGUUUGAGAACAAGGUCCCUGUGCACGGUCACCUGGGGCCCCCAAGAGAGCGCCUGGCCCUGCACCUGCUCCGCACCUGUGGGCUGGUCCCUGAGCACCUGGAGACCAGGACACUGUACCACAGCAUCCAACCCGGCAUUGACCAGGGGAAGCUGCAGAUGUGGGUGGACGUUUUCCCAGAGAGCUUUGGCCCCCCAGGUCCUGCCUUCAACAUCACCCCACGGAAGCCCAAACGGUACGAGCUGCGCUGCAUCAUCUGGAACACGCAGGACGUGGAUCUGCAGGACACCAGCAUCACGGGGCAGAGGAUGAGCGACAUCUAUGUGAAAGGGUGGCUGGAUGGCCUGGAGGAGGAGAGGCAGAGAACCGAUGUCCACUACAGGUCCCUGGGAGGAGAGGGCAACUUCAACUGGAGGUUCAUCUUCCCCUUCGAGUUCCUACCCAUGGAGCAGGUCUGCGUCCUGCCCGAAAAGCAAUCUCUCUGGAGCCUGGAUGAGACGGUGCUCAAGGUGCCCCCCAAGCUCAUCCUCCAGGUGUGGGACAAUGACAAGUUCUCGGCCGACGAUUUUCUCGGGGUUCUGGAAAUCAAACUGCUCAGCAUGGCCUGCCCAGCCAGGCGCCCCCAGGCCUGCACCCUGAAAAUGCUGCAGGAUGAGAGCGACUCCCCCGCCCCACCCCGCUGCCCCAGAACGUCCCUCUUCAAGCAAAGGCUUGCCCGAGGCUGGUGGCCGUGCGUGGUGCAGGAGGAGGGCAGGCAGCGGCUGUCGGGGAAGAUCGAGAUGACGCUGGAGCUGCUGACGGCCAAGGAGGCGGAAGAGCGGCCUGCUGGGAAGGGAAGGGAAGAGCCAAACAUGAACCCCAUUCUGCAGCCACCUGUGCGCCCAGAAGCCUCAUUCCUGUGGUUCACGGCCCCUCUCAAGAGCCUACGCUACAUCCUCUGGCAGCCGCACAAGUGCAAGAUCAUCCUGGGGUUCCUGCUGCUCCUGCUGCUGCUCCUGCUUGCAGCCUUCAUCUACUCCUCCCCGGGCUACCUGGCCAUGAAACUGAUAAACCCCUUCCGCAGUCUCCAUUCCUUUGGGAGCCUCAAUCCUCUGGCAGGGAGCAGCGGGAGCCCAUAGGCCACAAGCCGGCAGCAGCACCCCCAGCCCAGCUCCUGGGAUGACAACCGGGCACAGGCCCCGAAAACAGACAGCACCUGCUGUCCCCUAGCACAGAGGGACCUGGCCCUGACCCCCAGCCUGAGGAGUUGGGCAGCAGCACCCCUUCCACAUUCACCACCCGCUGCCCUACAGGCAUCUGGAUCUUCCUGCCUCCAGGCAGCAGCCAGUCUUACCACUUCCUCCCUGGCCUGCACUCCUGCUGCUCCUUCCCUGGGGGCCAAGCGCCACUCACCGCAGGCCAGUGAGGCUGACUAGCUCCUCGGCUAGAAAGCAGCCCUACU